AUGCCGCCACAUUUCGCAGCCGCCGCAGGCACUACAGCUCUUCGCGAGUCCUACACACGCAUAUUCUCUAGCAUCCAACUGGUCAUCAAGUUUUCUAUUGAUGAGAUCGUUGUCAUGUCCCAAGAUUGGGCAUUUGCAAGAACUACAGCUGAGGGAACCAAGACGAUGCUGGCGACACAGGAGUCAGAGGAGCAUGCCAAUCAGGAGCUCUUCAUCAUGAAGAAGGAGGGCGGGAGCUGGAAGAUUGCGAGAUACGCCUUCUCUACAAUGAAGCCUCUGGUCCAAAAUGGUAUCAGAAGGAGCUAG